AUGGCGACAAUGGUACAGACUCAGUUGCUACCCGCUAUUACCCGUCCUUCUCCCAUCUCCCCUCUGGUCAUGAAGAUGAAGGAGAAGUUCCUCUCACUGGAGAUACCACUACCGACAAUGCCUCUUCUCAGCGGCCAUACUCUUGGCUCUCUGGACAGUCUAAAGCCAGACACUGGUCGAGUAGUGCCUGAGCCAUAUCCUACACCACCCGAAGACCAGCCCGAGGUCACAACGUGGUUCCUGGACACACGAACAUUAUGGAAGGGCGACAACAUAUUAACAGCAGAAGGCGCGGCAGAGGCGUUGAGUUUGGUCAGCAAGCCGGAGCAGAACAUCAUCACCACGAAGAUGUUCGUGGCUGACGCAAAGAUGAGCUUGGGAAGUGCGUUGCUCAAGCGAGCUUUCAUAAGCAAGACGCUCGGAAUUCCGUGGAAGGAUGUCCGGAUAGCAAGGAAGGGCAAUGAGAAGCAUGGCAAGCCUUGUGCUGUCGAUGAGUAUGGUCGACCCAUCGAGGGUAUCGACUUCAACGUGUCGCAUCAGAAUGGACUGGUCGCGUUAAUAGGCUGGGAUGGUCGACGGAGACAGCUAUACGCGCCUAACGGACAGAUACAGGGUGUCUUCUCACCUGGACCUACCGAAGAGGACGUCAUGGUUGGUGUCGACAUUGUGUGCGUCAACGAGCGAGAAGGUGCUCAGACGACUAUCGACAUGGAGGGCUUCGAUGGAUGGGUCGAUAUUUACGAUGCCGUCUUCUCGGACGAGGAGCGAUGGAGCAUGAAAUACGACGUCGACCGAGUCACACUUCUGGAUGGUACCGUGCUACCUGCAAAGGACAUCGGCCGAAACGACAGGUGCUUACAGCGAAACCAAAGCCUAACAUGCGUGACACAGGCUGGUAAUGAACACACCUUCUCGUCGGAGCUGCUCAUCGAUGCGAAGCUAAGACGAUUCUACACCUACUUCUGCUACAAGGAGGCUUACAUCAAGCUCGCCGGCGAGGCUCUCCUGGCACCUUGGCUCAAGAACCUCGAGUUCUUUGGCGUGCGAUCGCCACGACCUGGAACUAUCGCACGAUGCUCUACCCACGGACAGUGGGGCGAGGAGGUUGACGAUGUUGAGGUCAAACUACACGGCCGCACUGUCGACGACGUCAAGAUGAAGAUCCAGUCUUUCGAGGAAGAUUUUAUGAUCAGCUGCGCCAUCCAAGGCGCUGUUCACGGCCUGUCCGUGCCUGCCUUCCAGAAGCUGCACCUCGAGAAGGAUGUUCUCGUCCACUCGAAGGACACUAUCGACCGCAAAGACUCGUUCAUGGACAUGGCCGAGUCGAUGAAGGCCGCCGAAGUGCAAUGCCCUGAUCACCUCAUGUCGCCCUGGGAGUCACGAUACUGGUGA